UACAGUCGAGUCGUGCCCCAUGCCGGUAUGCGCGACAGUAGUGCACGAUACAUCACAAUGCGCGGCGAAAAACUUGACAUUCCCGCGCGCGUGCUUUAAAACUAAGCAAAACAGUGUGAACUCAAGAUAUUAUAAAGAGAAAUUUGUGGUUUAUUGUCUAUGUUAUGAACAAUUGAGUGUUGGAUCGUAUUUGACUGGAUAUUUUGUGAUUUGUAUCCUGGUGAUCUUGAGGGAUGUCGAACUUCCAACGAACGCGCAGCAAGGUCUGGUGGGAGGACUCCCCGCAGAAUGUACGGAACUUCGGCAGCCCGGUAGCCCAGCCGCGGUGGAAGGAAAACGAAAAAUUGGUCGAACCCGACUGGGAGCCGCAAUUGCCUCAUUGGAUCGCUAACCAGCCCGAGCAACAAAGGAACAAUAGUGCCGAUAACAUUGCGCAGCCUAACAAUGCGCAGAUAAACCAGUGGCCGCUACGUCACGGAAGCCCCGGGAGCCAUAAGAGCCAAGAUUCCGGGUUCUCUGACUCCGAUAGCUCCCCGCCGCCCUCGCAGUACUACCCCUCUCCCGAGUCCAACGAAUCUAAAAACAAAUCGUCUAGUAGCAGCGAUUCUAACAAUAAUGAAAAUAUUACUGUUAGGCAAGUUUUCCCGAACACUCCACAAAGCAAAGAUGUUGUCGAUAACGCUAAAGUAUUAAAUAAUAGUGGAGCCCCCACUCCUAAACCAAGAAAUCGAAGUAGCAGUGUUAUACAAACCCCAUAUGAUUUACAAAAAUAUUACGAAAUUCAUCGAGAUGAAGAGCAUAUGGAAUUACUAAAAGAUAAAGAUGAUAAAACUAAUAACAUAGCUACUGCUAAGAAUGUAAAUAGCGAAAACAACAAUGUAGAUAAGGUUUCAAAAAAUAUCUCACCGAAAAUUGUUAAUUCCAAAUCGAAUGUUGAUAAAAAUAAUAGAGUAGAAAUAAAAGUUACACCUCCGAAUAAUGUAAGUAAUAAAGAAAAUACUCCAAAUAAAAGUGCAAUAUACUCAGACGCCAAAGAAGUACCGGUUAAGAAUAUUAAUGUAAUAAGUCCAUCAAAAAAAUAUCCAGUUAAGAAAUCAUUCGUUUCAAGCUCGGAAACUGAUAGUACUAAACUAAGUAAAGUAGCAAAAGUAAAAGAUUUGGAAACAAGUAAAAAUAAAUCGGAUGAAAGUUUAGAAUAUAUAAAAUUGGCAAACAACAAUGAAAUCGUUGUCAACAACCAGCCCAGAGUACGAACACCUAUAUCAAAUGUUUCUUACGUUCCUACUGAACGAACAUCUAUUGCUAAAGUUGAAUAUAAAAGAAGUAUGUCUAAUGAAGACAAUCUUCCGAUCACAAAUACUCCAAAAUUUCAAAGAGAUAGGCUUAACAAAUCUCUCAAUUUUGAAGCUCAACGAUUGGAUCAACAAAUACUUGACAUUCAAAGCGGCCAUCAUUCGCUAGGCUACAUUGAUGAAGAUGAAAGUGUCAUUGAGGAAAAGUUCGAUAAAGGUCAAAUUCAUAAGCCUGCCAAUGCGAUACUAGGGAAAAACAUAAUGGAUAGUCUUCAUUUAAAACCUACAACAAAGAAAACAGGUCCCAAGGCAAAACAACGAAUGGCAACUAGAUCAGAUAAAGCUAAGGAUUUAUUUAGGAUAUUCCCUAAAAAAGAAAAACCAGGUAUCGUGGACAGCGAAGCAGGUGGAGUAUUAGAUGGAAGUCGAGUACCAUCGCUAGGUCUCCCAAGGGCAUACGAGCAAAACUCGUGGGUGGUAGUUGGUUAUCCAGAGAAAGAAAUGCUUAUACCACAUUACAAUGAAAGACUUAUUGGUGGUGACAAUACGAACGCAAAAGACACCGACGACGAUUCCAACAUGAAAAAUAGAAGGGUUACACCACCUCCUCAAUUCCAAGAUAAACAAAAGACCCCUUAUGAGACUGACUCAAAAAAUAACAGGGAUUUAACUCAUGAUUCCAAAAGAGAAAAAUUAAAACAAACGGAAAUGAAUUUCGUAGAUGUCCAAAUUAAUUUAGCAUGUACUUCCACACCAAAAAUGUUGGCUCCUCACGAGUUCAUGAACGGGGUUACACCAAAGAGCGUCAACAAAAACAGUAGACUGAACUUAUUAGACAAGUUUAACAGCGGGUUGGUUUUAAAUAACCAGAACGAGAUAUUAUACCGGGAGAGGAGUAUAGACCAGACUACUUUAGAGCGACUGUGCGAGCGCAAACCUGAGCCUGUACAGUACUGGUUGUGUGACCUCGUGGGCUCCUGCGAGAACGAGUGUAUGACCACUCUUCAGAGCAAACCUUUGGGUGCAGAGAUGAAAGCCAUGGUGUCUGCUAGCUCUGCCACCAUAACCGGGAACAUCAAGAAAGUACAAACCCAUGGGCAGAUCAUUGUACAUCAAUACAGCGAAGUUCUAAGGCAAAUUGAAGAGGAAAAGACAAGCGAAGAACAGAUAUGUUUAUUGGUAGCGAACAUCAACGAAUUUGUUCUGGCCCAUAGCAUUACACUCAACACCAAGCCUCCAGGGGAAACUCCCGAGAGGUGGGACAGAAUUAAGAAGUCUCUAGAACUAUAUCUGAGGAAGCUGAUAGAUAUAGGAGAGGAUGUUAAACUGGAGAUGAACGAAAGCAACCCAGAGUGGAAUCUCGUGGUGAAGCAUUUGGACACGCUGAUUGGGAUUUUCUUGGAAACUACGAAGGCGGUUCUGGUUCAACAGAUGAAGACACUAGUAUCAAUAAUCGAAGAACCGCCGUCGGACAUGAUUCUCAAAAGCACUUUAACAUCCAUCGGUCACCUCGCGAUGUUAACCGACAGCGUUGAAAGUGAUCUCCACGAGAAAUGCUCUAAGAUCAUGAAGAACAUUACCGACCUGCCAUUCGUGGACUGCGGAGUACCCAGGGCCCUACUAACGGCUAUUAUUGAGAGUAACAAGAGUUCUAUCAAAGCCCUUUCUUUGAGAGCCCUUGCGACUGUUUGCGUCACCGGAGAAGCGGUUAAACAGUUCGAAGAGGGUGGCGGUAUAGAGAUCAUAUCGGACAUACUGUCAGACCAAUCGAACCCGGAACCUCAGAUGAGAGAGGCCAUCACAGUGCUCACGCAGAUCACGGCGCCGUGGCUAAGGGGACACUACGACCUCACACAACUUCAUCUCUACUUGAAUUCCAUUGUAGAUAAUAUAACUGGUAUCCUUACCCGUACGGACUGCUGCCAACUCCUCUUGCUGUGCACAGCGUGCCUGGUCAACUUGGUCAGAGAACUGGAACUUGAGAAGCCAGUGGACAAGAGCAGUCAGUCAGACAUCGUAGAAGUACUGACCAGGCAUCGGUCUGUGGAGAAACUGCUGGCGGCCGUGAAGAGGCGGGGGCCGAAUAUUUCUGUGUUCUUGCAGGAACAAACAGCCUCGUUCCUAACAUCCCUCUCCCGCAUCCCGCGCUGCAUUCUCUCGCUGUCGGCGCAGUCGGCGGUGUCGGCGGCGCUCGUGUGCUUCACGCGGAGUGCGCCCGCGCACGCGCCGCGCGCCGCCGAGCUGCGCGCGCAGGCUCGGUUGCAUUGCCACGCCGCUGAAGCUAUAUCGAGACUGGCGAUAGUACCAGAGGUAGCUCAUCAGAUCGUCCAGUUGGAGGGCGUUCCUCAUCUUAUCCGCCUGGUUAGGAUGCAGCGAACGCGGCCCCACGUCGACGUCAACCCAGACCAAACCCUUAUUCAUUGCCUCAAAGCCCUGAGAAUCAUAUACAAGCAUAACCCCGAGGCUUUCCUCGAAUAUGAGAAAGAUGUAGAAGAAAUGAUCCGGCCACAUCUCAUGGAGUCUUUGAUGCUAUUUUCGGCAAAACAGGAGAGUUACGUGUAAAUAAAAAGGAUUUUUUGACUGUACAUUUGUACUUUGAUCUUGUUAAGAUUUUAAAAUGCAAAGAGACAAAUAUAAAAAAAAUAUAUGUUUUUUUUGUUUGCGUAUAUAUUUUUAAGAUUUUAAUAUAAAUGGACAAUGGAAGAUUCCUCUCGUAAUAUUUUAUCUCUCAUCAUAGAAGAUUCCCCAUGCAUUCACUAAAUAUACAUAAUUUACAUGCCAGUCCGUCACAUGUCGUGGUAUAUUUUAUGCACUAUUUGUUAGUGAUUUUGUUUUUUUUUUCAUUAUUUCAAGACAUUCUUCGACUUUGACAUUUGUAAAUAUACCGCUGUUCAUAUAUGCUUUAUAUACGUAAAUCCUCUAUUUAAAUAAAUUAAGAUCUUUAAAACGGAUGCCAUACUUUAUGUUACUAGUCUUCAAAUGGCUCACUUAUUGCCAUGAAAUGAUUUUUACGCCAUUCGUGACGUGCCGAGCAUUAUACUGCUAUUUUUAAGAUUAUCUACUGUAACAGCUACAAUUAUAGUUACGGAAAACAUUAAUUACGGUUUUCUGUAAAGAAAAGAAGGUAUAAAUAAAAAUGGUCAUGUGACUCGAAUCAUUCCGCCAAUCAAGGUUUCUUUUGUAUCUGUGGUACGCCGCCAUUGGCAGGAUUGAUGGACAGCAAUCACGUGACUUUUUAUUAGCUUUCAAAUAUAUGCAAUUUUUUCAAUUAAGGCAUAUUUAAUUUUAAUUUUUAAUACCCUUCUCUUAACUGUAAUGUCGGUUCCACCAUUAUUUCAAACUAUUUCGUGUACUCGUUUUGUAUGCCUGCUCUACGAUAUACCUGUAUAGAAAUUAUGAUUGUGUGGUCCCCCGCACUAUUGUUAUGUUUAUAUAAAUAAAGUAUAUUACACAUUAAAA